AUGUCGACAUCUCAGAAUCCACCUCCUGAGACUGCAGGGCCCAACUUAUAUCUAGCAAAGCCAAGAACCGAUAAAGAGCGACAUAUCCGCCGUUUACUGGUUGCGAACCGUGGGGAAAUAGCAUGCAGAGUCGUGAAAACCGCCCAGACCCUCGGCAUUGCCUGCAUUGUCAUCUACACAGAAGAAGAUCGCGACAGCUUGCACGCAACUGCAGGUCAGGAAGCUGUUUGCCUUGGGCACAUAUCUCACGGCCGGCAGAACCCAUAUCAGGACAAAGACUUACUAGUGCAGACAGCUCUCGAUGUCCGCGCUGACGCAGUUCACCCGGGCUACGGCUAUCUCAGCGAAAAUGCUGACUUUGCCCGCGCUAUUGUGGCCGCUGGUUUGAUCUUUGUUGGACCUUCACCCGAAUCCAUAUUGGCAUUGGGAGACAAGCGUGAAGCUAAGAAGUUCUUAUCUAUGCAUGUGCCCGGUGUCCCUCUAAUUCCAGGGUAUAAUGGAUCGAGUCAAGAUGAGGCGGUGUUGGCUGCUGAGGCGGACAGAAUUGGAUAUCCCAUUCUGAUCAAAGCCGCCGCCGGCGGAGGAGGUCGUGGGAUGAGAAUCGUGCAUCACGCCGAAGAUCUCCACGAAGAACUUAACCGUGCCCAGUCAGAAGCUCUACAUUCAUUCGGCUCGCCGGAUUGCCUCUUGGAAAAGUACAUCGAGAAUGGCAAACACAUAGAGAUUCAGAUUGUGGGGGACGCGAGUGGUGACAUCUUAUCGUUAUAUGAGCGAGAAUGUUCCAUCCAAAGAAGACAUCAGAAAGUGAUUGAAGAGGCGCCUUCCCUGUGGUUACUAGACACGGUUCGGGGCCAGAUGGCUGAAACGGCGCGGUUAAUCGCCAAGUCAAUGGCAUAUGAAAAUGCCGGCACUGUCGAAUUCAUGGUUGACAUCCGAACGGGUGCAUUUUACUUCCUGGAAGUCAACACGAGGAUUCAAGUUGAACAUCCGGUCACUGAAAUGAUCACAGGAGUCGACAUUGUUGCCCUACAGCUCUACGUUGCUUCCGGCGGCCUUUGGAUGGAAGAUGAAAUCCUCAAGCACGGGAUCAAAUCAACUUUCGGCCAUGCGAUCGAGUGUCGUCUGUGUGCUGAAGAUCCGGCACAGGAUUUCUUACCAGAUUCCGGUCUCAUACUUCGCUGGACUCCAGGAACAGUGUUUCUGGAUCUCUCUGAGCGGCAAGGCGUGCGAUUUGAGACAGCACUGCAGACUGGUGCGAAAAUCAGUGUCUUUUUCGAUUCCAUGAUUGCAAAGAUUGUGGUUUGGGCGACUACCCGUCAGGAGGCUAUUUCCAAGAUGCUCGCUGUUCUCAAGCACACGGUUUGUAUUGGAGUCAAGACCAAUCAGCACUUCCUGCAGCGAUGUUUGUUGCAACCGGAUUUCGCGAAUGGUGUCUACUCAACCCAAUUCAUCUCCGGGCAAGAGCAGGCGUUGUUACAUUUCGUGUUACCAGAGCCAUUCUUAGAUCAUGCGAUGGGGGCAAGCAUUGUGCCUACUAUUCUGUCACGAAGUGUGACUACCAAGGGGCGAUAUCGGCCUUUCAGCAACGUUCGUACCGGGUUUCGCAAUCAAAUCUAUGAUCAGAGCAACAGAAUUACAGAUAUUGUGUCUGUUCAGAAUAGAUCGACCACUUCUAUUGAUAAUCCGUCGUUAUGGUUCCACAUCAACUGGCUUCAAAGAGACAACUCAGCAGACGUUGACUUGUACAACAUUCAGCCCUUCAGCACUACAGCCACCACACUAGAAGCGAAGACAAGUCAUCGAGACGGCGAAAGCAACAGUGCUCCUCUCAUUAGACACUUUCAUCAGAUUUUUGCGAACAUGCCUGGCUGCCAGGACUCGGAGUCACCUCGAACUCGCACAGUACGCGUGAUACAAUCCUCGCAUCAUCAUGCAGCUGGGAACAUCACAACCGGUUCAAAAAGCCCCAGCAAGUUGGAGUGGGCAAUUGCUGACUUGGUCGUUGAGAAUGAUAAUAGAAGACAGUCCUAUUAUAUUGCGACCAACCCGUUGAGCAGAACCCCACUUGACAAGGAGCGACCACAUCGUGUGUGGUGCCACAUUCCAGCCUUGGGUACAAAUAUAAUGCUCGAGCAGUACUCGAAGCUUUCGUUUGCAGAGUCUCAUCGGAAGUAUUUUAGGAAUGGAGAUGCUCCGCAUUCUGAUCCAGAGCGCACAUACAAGGCUCUCAUGCCGUGCAAAGUGCUCAAGGUUUUGAAGCAGAACGGUGAGGCGGUGAAGGCUGGCGACGUUCUUCUGGUAAUUGAGUCGAUGAAGAUGGAAAUGAAGGUUUCUGCCAUGACAGACGGUCUAUUUCAGUGCGCGCUGGGUACGGGCGAUGCUGUUGAGGAAGAAUCUGUAUUAUGCCAGGUUCUACAAGAACAAAGCCUCAAUCAGCGUGGAACGUGUUGCGAAAAUUAG